UGGGGUUUGGCCCUGGGCGCAGAGGUUUCUGGGAGCCAAGAGUUAUAAUGGCGUCUGUAUGAUCUCCGGAGGGAGCUGCAUCGGAGCUCGGCCGAAGUGAGCGGCAGCAGGGAAACAGACUCGUAAAAGAUGACAACAGCAGCUAGGCCAACUUUUGAACCUGCAAGAGGCGGGAGAGGAAAAGGAGAAGGUGAUUUGAGCCAACUCUCAAAGCAAUAUUCAAGCAGAGACCUACCCUCUCACACAAAGAUAAAAUAUAGACAGACCACUCAAGAUGCCCCUGAAGAGGUUCGGAACCGUGACUUCAGGAGAGAGUUGGAAGAGAGAGAGAGAGCUGCUGCAAGAGAGAAAAACAGAGAUCGGCCAACCCGAGAACAUACCACCUCUUCUUCAGUGUCAAAGAAGCCUCGGUUGGACCAGAUUCCUGCUGCCAACCUCGAUGCAGACGACCCUCUAACAGAUGAGGAAGAGGAAGAUGAAGAUUUUGAAGAGGAGAGUGACGAUGAUGAUACUGCUGCUCUUCUUGCAGAGCUAGAAAAAAUUAAAAAAGAAAGAGCUGAAGAGCAGGCCAGGAAGGAACAAGAGCAAAAGGCUGAAGAAGAAAGGAUUCGUAUGGAAAACAUUCUGAGUGGAAACCCUCUCCUUAAUCUCACUGGCCCAUCCCAGCCUCAGGCCAACUUCAAAGUUAAAAGAAGGUGGGAUGACGAUGUUGUUUUCAAGAACUGUGCAAAAGGUGUAGAUGAUCAGAAGAAAGACAAAAGAUUUGUAAAUGAUACACUGCGAUCUGAAUUUCACAAAAAGUUCAUGGAGAAAUAUAUUAAAUAGUACAGUUUUAUGUGCUUAAUUAAAGGCUGUAAAAUGUAAACGAUAUGACUUUAUUUUGGUUUGUUUUUCUCUUUCCCCCCUAUCUAAAUUGUGUAUAGGCUUCUCUAAUUUUAAGUUCCAAAAUAUCUUUUCCUUCAUUGAUCCCUUACUUGAAAAAGACUUGGGAAUUGGUUUAACCCAGUUGCUAUCUCAAUAUUUCCAGUCAUAUGUGUUUUUUUUUUAAUAUGGGAAAAGGAAUUUGCUUGUAAUAAAUAUUUUAAUAACCUAAAUAGCCAAAUCUGUGUCCCCAGCUUUUAGCUGAAAUGUGUGCAGCUCAGAAAACAUUGCAUAUUUUCUUUUUUGUUUUGUAUUUCUUUGUGUAUUAACUUUUUCUCCUCAUAUAUAUAACAUUGACUUAAAGUGAGUUAAUUCAGAUAGCUCCUCUGUGUCUUUUAAAAGUGUGAUGAAAAAUUAUAUUCCAUUUUGGACCCCCUGUUGGUAUGGAAGAGUGUCAUCAAACAGGAAGCACCCUGAGUGUGUGUCUGAGGGAGCAUGGGGUACCUCUCACUUCUGCAGGUGCCCCUUUCUUCUCUCUCAGCCCAAGAGCUCCUUAAGCAUGCCUAGGAAGCAUGUGGCAUUCACCUGUGUUCUAGUUACCCAACUGCCAUGUUUCUCUGGAAUGAAAGUUUGCACACUGACACUCAUUAGAUGCAAAACCUAGGAGGGUUUAACAUCAAACAAUACAUGAAAUAAAACCUUUGGAAAUAG